AAGAUUUUAUAAGUAACCUCAAUAAACAAAAAUGGAGUUGGAUUCUGAUUCGGAGGAUGAUUUAUUAGCUCAAAUACCGAUAGAAGAUUAUCAAGACAUAGCAGGGCCGCCAACUUCUAGAACAUCUCUGAGAUCGAAAGAUAGACCAUUUGAAUAUGAUCAACCCGGCCCUUCAACCUCAAGAGAUGUAUCAAACUCAAGAAUUACAGUUUCAACACCUGAGGAUAUUCAAAACCAAGCAGGCCCUUCAACUUCUGGAUUAAUUCAUAGACCAAAAGACAAAGGUAAACGAAGUAUUAGUGAUUCUGUGUUUGAAGAUGUUCCACUUGAAGGUGAUCAACCAGGUUCUUCAACCUCCAAAGAUGUACAAAAUACAAGCAAAGUCUCUAAAGCGAUUCAAAACAAGCCAGGUGCUUCAAGACCUACAGAACAAAUAACAGCAAAGAGUAAAGGUGGAAAAAAUAGUCUUUUAGUGAACCCCAACCAAAGAGGUAAUCCUCUACUAAAAUCAAUAACUCGUGUGGUAUGGGAGUUUGAAGAAAUUGUACCUGAUUACCAAAUGGGGGUACAAAUGUGUGCCUUGUUUUUAUCGAUAAAAUAUCACAAUUUAAAGCCAGAUUACAUUCAUGAAAGGUUAAAACAGUUAAAGGAUAUGUACAAGCUGCGAGUUCUAUUAGUUUUGGUAGAUGUAAAGGAUCCUCAUUACACCUUAAAAAACUUAACAAGAAUGUGCAUCUUGGCAGACUUAACAUUGAUCUUAGCUUGGAGUUCCGAUGAGGCAGGUAAAAUUUUAGAGACCUACAAAAUGUACGAAAAUAAACCUCCAGAUCUUAUAAUGGGUAAAAGUGAAUCUGCUCCAUAUCUAAAGAUAAUUCAGGCACUAACAACAAUUAAACCGAUAAAUAAAACAGAUGCUAUGAAUUUAUUGAGUAGAUUUAACACACUUGAAGGUAUUAUAAAGGCUAGUGAAUUUCAAAUAUCAGAAUGUCCAGGAAUAGGACCUAAAAAAGCUAAAAGGUUAUAUAAUGUUUUAAGGGAAAAUUUUUGCAAAUAGAUUAAUCUUUUGUAUUAAAAAAAAAACACAUUAAACAUAAAUAUUUUUAUAUUGUCUAAAAAAUACAGUACAGAGAACUAUA